AGGAAGUUGUUGGUAGCCUUAAUGCCUAUGAAGAACGGAUUACCCCUAAUGGCCAAUCAAAGAUUUAUCAGAUUAUUUGUUGUUUACAGGGGCUGAAUGGCAAGAAAGACAGAAAACCGAGUCAAGGCAAGUCGGCAGGGGUCAUGGAACAGGAUUUAUUGAUCACCGUGGCCGAGGUCGUGGGCAUGGCAGAUCUAAAGGUCGUGGAUGGGGGCCAAAACCCCUUAAAUAAUAACCGAAGACCUGGACACGAUGAACAAGUUGAAAAUGUGACCGAAAGAACCUACGGUGUUAUAAUUGUGAUAAGCUUGGUCAUUUCUCUGCCGAGUGUCGGGCUCCUAAAAGAAGAUGAUGAAUUUAAUCUAGCAAAGGUGGAUGAUGAACCCACUUUGCUAAUGAUUUUCUUGUUUUGACUUUUUAUAGUUUUUAAGGAAAGUUGAAAAAAGAUGAAAGUUUACCAAAAUGUCCUUAAUGAAAACGGGUGGGGUGUAUUAAAUAAGGUGGAAAAGGUGUAAUAAAUAAAGUAAGUGGGGGUAGUUGUGGUAUUUUAAAUGUUAAAAAAGGUAAUGAGAAGAUCUAUGUGGGACAAAUAAAAAGGGCUAAUGGGAAGAUCUAUGGGGGAUGGAGGGAGUACUAAGUUUGGGUCAACUUGACGAGGUGGGAUGCAAAAUUCCUAUGGAGGACGGUUUGCUUUGAUAAUAUGACCGGUUAGGAGCAACAUUAAUGAAAAUGAAAAAGUCUCCAAACCGACUCUAUAAGUAAAUAAGUGUAAUAAUUUAGGCAUUAAAAAGAGAGAGAAAAGGUAUGAUGAUUAAAAAAAAUGAAAUGAAGAAAGAGUUUGAAUUCUGACCUUAGAAUUUAUCUUCUGUCACACUCUGGCCAUGGUAAUGUGAAUGUGAAGAAGAUCAAGGAAGUUGGCAGUGAAUUAAAAGUAGGACAAGAUUUGGGAUUUGCCCAUUGCUGAGGUUUCUCUUUGUCGCAGUGACUUUGCCAAUUACGCCAGUGUUCGGAAGUCUGACUGGAGAGGAUGCCAAAUGUCAAUUACUCUAACUGCGCCAAUUACUAGGGUUUUGCUCAUCGGCGGCGGCGAAGGAACCAAGGCAGACGGGAGGAGACCGAGGAGGGAAAGCUGAAACCAUCGGAUUCAAUAACAAGAUCUGGUUAGCGAAUCUUUCAUACUGAGAUACAUAUUAGCAACGAAAAUUCAAAAACAGAAGGCUACAUUGACAGG